GUGGAUAUCUUAAGAAAACAGUAAUAAAAAAACCGUCCCCUCUCGUGUAGCUGUUUGCAUUCAAGGAAAUUCUGCCCUUGCAUGCAUUUGGCUGGAAUUUCUCCUUUCCCUCCCUCUGCGGACGAUCUGUAAUCCCCUGCAUGAAACACAGUACUGAGAUCCAUCGCAGCCGUAGGCCUGAGAACAAACACUCCCCCCCAGAAACUACAAAGGACAACAAAAAUAUGCAUAGCAUUCAAAACCUUUGCUGUGAAACGGGGCAAAGAGAUUUAGAAAGAGGAAAAAACCUUGGGUUGGCUCCAGUGCCGCUUUUUGGAGGGCCUCCUGAUCCACGUGGCAGGCAGAAAAGAGGAUGCGGUCGCCCUGCGCAGAGCUCCAGGGAGCCCUUUCAUCUGAUUCCUGCUACGGGCACCUGCUGCUGCUUGCGGAUCUUGUUGAACAGCUCCAUGUACUGAACCACUGUGUCCGCCGGGCUGUAGAUGCUGUCGUGCUUGGUGCCAAACACGGACGGGACGCCAGGAGUGUGGUUCCCCAUGAAGCUCUGCAUGAACUCCAUCAGCAGGUUCCAGCAGUCGUUGGCUAUCACGCAGGGGCAGUACUCCACCUCCACGGAUAUCCCACGGGCGCUGGGACCCAUCGUAACCGUGCCCACCUUCACCAAGAAGUCACAGUACUGGUAGCGGGUGCCCCGGCUCUCUAUCUUGUUCGCCUUGGCAUUCUGGAAGAAGCCUUUCAGCUUCACCAUCAGGGUGUCGAAGUUGGCAUCCGCUAUGAGGCAGGGACCGUUUUCAAAGAGGGCGAAGCAGCUGAGGGGGUACUCGGAGUUGUGCAUCACGUACAUCAGCUUGCCUGUCUGCCCUUGGUUGCUCACGGUGGAGGCGGCGGUGUGGUAGGUCUCGCAGUCGACGCAGAACGGGCCUUGCUUCUCGGCCCCCAGCAGCUCCAGCUUCCGCGUCAGCAUCUCCACCGUCUGCUGCACGCUCUUGCCCUCGGCCACGGGCACCUGCGUCACGCAGGUGACCCCCAUCCCUCCCGGCCCUCCCGGCGCAGGAGGAAGCGGCGGCGGCGGAAGGGGCCGGGCGGCGGCGGAAGGGGCCGGGCGCGGAGCCGCUUGGAGAAGGCGGGGGGGGGGGGACCUCGCGUGGGGCCGCCUCGCGUGGAGCACGCGGGGCUGGGGGGCCCAGCACCGACCUCAGCGGCAGCACCGAAGCCCCCCGGAGCCUCCCCCGCCAUGCCCAAGGUGCGGCGGACCCGGGGCUCCGCGGCCGGAGCCGAUCGCGCGUUGCCGCUGCCCGAGCAGCUCCUGCGGGACGCGGCCCCCCGGGCACGGGCACGGCGCGGCCGGGCCGAGGAGGAGGAGGAGGAGGAGGAUGAAGAGCAGGGCUGCCGAGGCUACGUGGACGCCCGGCUCUCCCGGCGCAUCCUGCAGCAGGCGAGGAGGCAGCAGGAGGAGCUGGAGGCCGAGCACGGCCCCGGAGCGCCCGCAGCCGGGCCCAGGAGCAGGAGCAGGGCGCUGGGUCCGGCGCUGAGCGGCUCUGGGUCGGAGGAAGAGGAGGAGGAGGAUGAAGAGUGGCCCUCGCUGCAGCAGGCGGCGGCGCGGAGCGGGGAGGUGGUGGUGGACCCCGAGGAUGAGAAGGCCAUCGAGAUGUUCAUGAACAAGAACCCGCCGCUGAGGCGCACGCUGGCCGACAUCAUCAUGGAGAAGAUCACGGAGAAGCAGACGGAGGUGGAGACGGCGCUCUCGGAGAUAUCGGGCUGCCCCAUGCCCCAGCUCGACCCUCGAGUCCUGGAAGUUUACAAGGGCGUCAGAGAGGUGCUGUCCAAAUACAGGAGUGGGAAACUCCCCAAGGCAUUUAAAAUCAUUCCUGCCUUGUCCAACUGGGAGCAGAUCCUCUACAUUACAGAUCCAGAGACGUGGACGGCGGCUGCCAUGUACCAAGCCACCAGGAUAUUUUCAUCCAACCUGAAAGAGAGGAUGGCCCAGAGGUUCUACAACCUGGUGCUGUUGCCACGGGUCAGGGAUGACAUUGCCGAGUAUAAGCGCCUCAACUUUCACCUCUACAUGGCUUUGAAGAAGGCUCUGUUUAAGCCGGGAGCCUGGUUCAAAGGCAUCCUGAUUCCCCUGUGCGAGUCGGGGACCUGCACGCUGCGGGAGGCCAUCAUCAUCGGCAGCAUCCUCACCAAGUGCUCCAUCCCCGUCCUCCACUCCAGCGCGGCCAUGCUGAAGAUCGCCGAGAUGCAGUACAGCGGUGCCAACAGCAUCUUCCUCCGGCUGCUCAUCGACAAGAAGUACGCGCUGCCCUUCCGCGUGGUGGAUGCCCUCGUCUUCCACUUCCUGGCCUUCCGCACCGACCAGCGGGUCCUGCCCGUGCUGUGGCACCAGUGCUUCCUGGCCUUCGCCCAGCGCUACAAGGAGGACCUGUCCUCGGAGCAGAAGGAGGCGUUGCUCGAGCUGCUCAAGUUCCACAGCCACCCGCAGAUCUCGCCGGAGAUCCGCAGGGAGCUGGUGAACUCCAAGACGCGGGACGUGGAGGGGCAGCCGCCCGCAGCCAUGGAGUGAGCAGGAAAAAGCAGGGAAAAGCCGCAGCCUGACCUGCUCCUGGGGUGGGCUGGAUGCAGCUGGGAGCCCUCUGAGAGUGAAGCCUCCAGGAGGCGUGCAGGACCCUCCUUCCCCGAGAUCCUGCUGCUCCAAAGGCUGUGCCCAGGCAGCCAGGCUGCUCCCUACGCCGCUCACCACGGGGCAGGGCAGCCCCAUGCCACCAGCGCUGGGGACAGCAGUUGGGUUUCUCCUCUUCCUGUAUUGGAAAAUAAAGCCGAAGCCAGGUC